GAGUUGCCUGGAACUCUCCAUGUGGCACAACCAACGUUUGGAAAUUUAAUAAAUCAAUCAGGAAGAGGACAUUUAAACUAGUUUGCCCUUCAAACUAGUAUUGCUUUCAGCAUGGCUGAGAACCAGCACAGUCAGCCCUCUGAAAAACAACCUGGUGAAUCAACAGAUUCAACACCUGUCUUGCCAAGAACGUACGGGAGUUUGCUUGGAUCAAACACUCCUCCAAAAAUGGAAUGGCCCGAGUUAGUAGGCCUGACCCCAGCGGAAGCAGAGACAAAGAUAAAGGAAGACAUGCCAAGGGUCCAUAUUCAGGUGGUCCAAGCUAAUUCUUUUGUUACCAUGGAUUUCAACCAAGGUCGGGUUCGAUUGUUCCUUGACCCUUCAGGAAAAGUGCAGAGGCUUCCAAGAAUUGGCUAAAAGCAGCUUGUCUCCCAUACUACAUAGUUCUUGAAAUUGCAGGCCCUUGAUUUGUUCUUAAUAUGCUUGGAAAUUGCUCAUCAGUUGUAAACUUCCAUUGCUGUCAUUUUAGUUAUAGAUUGUUGUUGUUUCUCUCUUUCUGCUAGUACAAUUAAAUGAAUGAACUGCAAAUUUCUUU